AUAAACCGUUUCCUUUGUUUAAUGUGAUGCGUAAAUAUAUCAGAAUAAGAUUUGGCUGCGUUCCAGUACUCACUGCUAGUAUUUAAAAUUUAUAGUUUACGUGACGUACACUUAUAGUGCUAUAAAAAUAAUAAAUAAUGUCAUUUAAAAUUGAUUGUGAAAAUUUUUCUAAAGAUAUGCUUCCAAAAUUAACGCUUAAAUUAAUCGGACAUUAUAGUAUUGACGGUGAUUUACAAUAUCAUGCCGAUUUAUCGCAACUGAAAUAUUAUAUUCCUCCUCCAGAUCUUGACAAUGUAUUUUUUGAUCUUAAAAAAAAUUCGACUUUUACUCAUUACAAACCUACUUCAUAUAUCAAAUUGGAUGAUAUAUUAAGAUGGAUUUCGGACAAUUUUAAACUACUUGAAAAACCAUUACCACAAGAUCAAUGGUUGGAUACUGAUUUUAUUUGUCGUCGUGGUGCAUUAAAAGUAAUAUUAAGCACUCCAUAUGAAAGAUGUAAAGAUUGGAUUAUUUGUGCUAGCAAAUACCGUGGUACAAUAUAUUUAUGCGAAUUUUACACAGAUGAAAAAGAAUAUCAACAUGUUAAUACAACUGCAGAAACAAAACAAUUAACUUCACAAGGAUUCAAGUUUGAACAAUAUAUGGUAGCAGAUCAGCCAUCGUAUCAACCAAACACAUCAGUACCUCUUAAUGAAUGUGAACAAUUUUACUGCAUAUUUAAAACAAAUUUUGGUCAUCAUUCAUUAGUAUACGAAGCAGAAAUAGAUGGUAUUUCUUCACAACAACAUAUAACAGAUACACUUAUUGGCAAAACAUUUGAAAUGAUUGAGUUGAAAACAUUAUCAAUAAGACAGUAUAAUGAAAUUGGUACAAACCAGCACUAUAAAUAUGGCACAAUUCGUGUUAACAAAGUAAUUACAUGGUGGAGUCAAAAUUAUUUGGCAGGAAUAGAGAGACUUAUAUGUGGAUUAAGAAACAGAAAUGAAGAAGUGAGAAUGAUAAAGGAAUUCUCUACACAUAAUUUGCCACAACUUUCAAAACCUUGUUGUAAUGUGGACAAAUGUAAAAUGUUUUUCAAAAUAUUUCUAGACAAUGUCAAAAAAAUUGUCACCAAAGAUCAUAAUGAGUGCAUGUAUAAGUUUUAUUUUGAUGCUUCCAAUAAUGUUAUAAAUUAUAGUGAAGAAGCUGCUAAUGAUGAAAAGUAUAUCUUCUUAAAAUCAUGGUUUGUUAAAAAAGCAGAAAAGUACAACGAUACUUUUCAAUAAAAACAA